AUGGAGAAAAGUGUGUCCGAUAAGUGCGGCUAUCUCCCUCUGCCACAGGACGGCUGCGUGCAGAAGUGUGCCGCGACGCCGACCACGGAGCUCCGCCUGGACACAGCGCGGAUGGGCUGGAUCCCGUGGUGGCGGGCGCGGGACACGUUUGUGCUGCUAAGCUUCCUGGGCGUGGUGCAGCUCUACAUGGUGCGCGUCAGCCUCUCCAUCGCCAUCGUGGCCAUGGUCACCAGGAACGAGACCACCAACGCCUCGCAGGUGUCCGACACGUGCCCCGUGCCUGACGACAGCCCCGACCACUCUGUCGUGACGCCCUCCAAGGCUGGCUGGGCCCAGAGACUCUCCAGUCACACGAUACGAGUACAAACACGGUUCAGAGCGGGGUCGAACCCGGGUCAGCGGCAUCGUAGUCACGUGCGUCACGGAAGGAGUGCAUCCUCUCGGACGAGUUGCACUGCUGCCAUCACGCCUCGCCCACAGGUGUAUGACACAGCUGCACACUUCCAGGCCGGGGAGUUUGAGUGGAGCGACCGGACGAUUGCCUUGGUCCUGGGCGCCUUCUACUACGGCUCCUCCGCAACAAGCUUCCUGGGAGGCCGAGCAGCGGAGAAAUUCGGAGGACGCCUCAUCUUCGGCCUCGGGGUUGUGGUGCCGUCCGUGCUGAGCCUCCUGUCGCCGCUGUGUGCCCGCGCCUCCGAGUACGGCUUCGUUGCCCUCAGGGUGCUGGAGGGCAUGGCGCAGGUGGAGUGCUCGCUACUGUGGGUCACAUUCUUAAACAUUGGCAUCUCCAUGCCUUCAAUACACGUGCUGAUUGCCGCGUGGAUCCCCCCCAAGGACAAGGCAAAGCACGCCAGCAUCAUACUCUCAGCUGAUGUCUGGUUCCGUGCAGGCAUUCAGAUAGGCACAGUGAUAGCCAUGUCCUUUGGGGGCUGGCUCUGCGACACCACCUUCCUGGAUGGAUGGCCCUCGGUCUUCUAUGUGUUUGGGGGUCUGGGCACGCUCUGGGGCAUCCCAUGGUUCCUGCUCGUCCACAACCUGCCCGAGCACCACCCCAGGAUAUCGCCAUCGGAGUUGGAGUACAUUCAAGCGCACCGACGCUAUGUCAAGAGAGACAAGGCUGUGGCCAUCCCCUGGAGAGCAAUAGCAACGUCAAGGCCAUUCUGGGCCAUCGUCGCCUCCAGUCUGUGCUACAGCUACAGCUUCUACACGCUGCUGACGGAACUGCCCACCUUCUUCAACGUCAUCCUGCACUUCGACAUGAGCAAAAAUGCCCUGGGCUCCACCUUGGCCUACAUCCUCCAGGGCACGGUCUGCCUGGGCUGGGGCGCCUUCGCCGACUGGCUUCAUCGCAGGAACUACAUGACAGUCAACGGGAUCAGGAAGCUGUCCACGUCUGCCGGCAUGUACCUGUCUGCGGCGUGCCUGGUGGCCAUGGUAUGGGUCCACUGUGACCACGUAGCAGCCAUGGCCGCCAUGUGCCUGGCCGUGGGCUUCAUGGGAACGAUGAGCAGCGGCUCCUCACUCUCCGAGCAGGACAUCGCCCCAAACCUGGCCGGCUCACUGAAGGGCCUCACCACCACCCUCUCCUCCACCACCGGCUUCCUCACGCCCAUCGUCACGGCCGCCGUCACCAGCGGCAACGUAAGGCUUAGCGGCUUCCUCGGUGGUUUGCAGUCUUAUUGAAUUGAUCUUGUCACCCCUCAAGGCAUGCCACAGUAUUGCUUCUCUCACCACCUGUUAUCACACUUUUUAUGCUGACUGCUCUCAUGAACUUCCAUCUUGCAUGCCUUCACCUCUUGGUCGUCACUUUGUCAGCACUUGAAUAAAAUAGUCUUUCCUUGAAGUCAUAUAUUUGAGGUGUACAUUUGCCAGAGAAAAGGGAGAUAUUGAGCACUCAGGGCUGGAGGCACUUUGUCAUGAGAGACGCUAAAUAGAAGCCACCUUGGAAACAUGACUGACGAAAGCAAUGCUCUUAAAGGGGCUCUCACACAUUCCCGGUCCCGGUCGCGACCGUCCCCGAUGACUCCCGAUAAGCCGAUCGGGGCCUGACCGCCGACAAAAUAGGCAAUAAUCCCCGGACCGGCGGCUUACCGCCGGUAAGCCGGCAGUUUACCGGCGGUAGACCGGCGACCAUAUACGAUUUUCGAUUUCUCCGACCGGCGACUGCAGCAGGUCAGUCGGCGGUCGACCGCCGGCCUACCGGCGGCAGACCUGCGGCACAUCGACGAGCAAACACUUUCGUUGCCACACCCAGUUGAAAGGGUAUAUAAACGGCCGUCCAGCUGUUUUGAUCAUUCGUGAGUUUGACAUCGCAAUAGCUUUCCUCAGCUCUCGUGAAUGCGAAAUUGAACUCCUGAAGUUAUAAUUAUUAUAAUUAUAAUA